AUGGAAGAUCAUCAUGAUCAUGAGGUGUGUCUUGGGCUGGGAUUGGGGCUUGGAAUAUCACCCAAAAGGGAUCAUCAUCGUCCAGGGAAGAAGAACAAGCACGUUCUGUUUCUUGAUCUUUCCAUCCCCCUUCAGACCAGUAGUACAGAUCAUAAUCACAAUCGAAGCUUGAAGAAGAUCAUGGCAGAAAGUCGACCAAAAAAUGUAAGAGGAUGCACCACUAAAGAAGACGACGACGACGAUCGUGGUCGUGUCAACAAUGGUUUUUGCAGAAAGAAAUUGAGACUCACAACUGAUCAGACUGCCUUGCUUGAAGACAGUUUCAGACACCACACCACUCUUAAUACAGCACAAAAGCAAGCACUUGCAGAGAAACUGCACCUAAAACCCAGACAAGUUGAAGUCUGGUUUCAAAACAGAAGAGCCAGGACGAAAUUGAAGCAGACAGAAAUAGAUUGCGAGAUGUUGAAGAAAUCCUGCGAGAGAUUAAGCGAUGAGAAUCGGAGAUUGAAGAAAGAGUUGCUGGAGCUUCGAUCGUCCAUGGAAAACCAACCAGCCAUACACACAACUUCCAAUUCAGAGGGCCAUAAAAUCUGGACACCUAUGGCCGACGGAAAGAAGAAGGAAGCGGCGGCUAUGGCUGCCACGACGGCGGCGGCCGUCGUGGAGGUGGUCCAUGGGUUAGCCCUACCUAAACCUAAUAAUGACGAUAAGCAGCCAAAGCUAGGGUUUAUAGGACAAGCGAAAAUAAAGGGAGAAUAAAAUCUAACUCAUUAUUCUCUCUCUCUCUCUCUCUCUCUCUCUCUCUCUAUAUAUAUAUAUAGUAGAUUUAUACGAUACGAUACGCCUGCUACAAAAUUAAACUUUGUGUUAUAAUAUAGCAAUGAUUAUUCAGUAUCUAUCUUUAAUAAAA